UUCAACAUCUGCGGUCACGCAUUUUCUGAAUGCUGCCAGCACUUUGGGGAUGCAAGGAGUAAACUUUGGAAUAAGGGUAAACUUAUUGAAAGUGUUCUUAGUGGGUGUCAUCUAGAUUUUGUGAACGCAUUGUUAGUGCAGCUACACCUUUACCGAGUGUUCAACGAUUUUAUAAUUGGAGCGUGAAAUAAUGAGAUUAAUUGUAUCGAGCAAAUUAAAUGAGAAAACGUGUUCAUUUGACAUGAAGGAAAAGGUACUGAAGGUGCUAUCUCACUUGCACGGCGGUACAGAUCAAUUGUCAAAGACAAUAUUCUUUUUUGACUAGUGGCACGCCAAUAGCGAGAAGAACGGAGCAAAACACCCGUCGGGUACAGCAUCCACCCAUCGCGUGCCUCCUAGCCAGGAUUUAGGUGUGUGCUUGAUGGAGAUGUUCGAAAGUGCGCAUUGGAGCUUGUGUUGGUGUCUUGGGUGGUGAGUUGGGGUUUUGGAGCGCGCCUGAAUGUCUGCACAAGUCGGUCGCGUGUACAUCAGUCCGCUCGUGAUCCUUGCUACAGCUGGUCACGUUUCGGGAAGUUUGGAAGACGCGUACCCCUCUAUUACGGGGUGGUUGAUGGACACCUACUGUUUUUGAAGCGUUGGUCUUCGUGUGAAUGCUGUGGUGAAGAUGAGCAACUUUUUGGCCACAUUUAGUGAAAAGAAGAAAGGGCCAGUGUGAAAGUUUUUUUUGUGCUCUCCCUUCUGCUCUGCUGCUUUAUAUGAGGGCAUUUGCAAAAAGACAAAGUUGUUGGACUCGGAAGGAUCGCGUGAGUCGGGCUCAUUACGAAGGUAUUAAAAAUUGUUUAAAGCCAAGGAAUAAAGGGGCUUCUGGCUAGCAGCUAGUAUACACCACCCGUUUAAUGCUGGUUGCAUGAUUUCGUGAGAUAUAUUUUCCAUUUUACCGGGGCAGUGGUAUGAAAAACACGGGUAAUUAUAAUAUCAAAAAUAAUAACUUAAGAAGUGAAAGAAGCGGUAAGAAAAUUGUAAGAAGAAAUUGAGCACGCAAGCGGUCGGCGAGUUUUGCAGUGGAAAAUCGUUUUGCAUCAAAGUGUCGUGACCCGGGUGUGUGUGUAUGUGUGUGUACAUGAGGUCAGUGGAAAGGAAAUCCGUUUUGGAGAAAGUGUACAAGCCGAAGCAAAACUAAACAGUUAAAAAUUCAGACGCAUUCAAUUGGAGGAUAUGGAAGGAGUGUAACUUUACUGUCGUUCAAAUUGGUUUGUGCCGUUCCGGAAUGAAUGUAAAGCCAUUUAUGCCAAACUUCGCCAUAGGGUAGAUAAGUAUUUUUGUGGAUUUGUGUGGUUUAAAGGAUUCGUGAAGCUGUUUGUGAAAGCAAUCGGCUUAAGACAACCACUGGAGUAAACAUUUCGGCUGUAUUUUUUGUCGAAUUCUGAAUCAAUGAAUAAGGUAGUUUACCCACGAAGGUUUUUGUGACUGUCUGCUACCAUUUUCCUUGAACAAUAUAAUAUAUAUAUGACCCGGUACAUCAGGUGCAAAACUGCGGACAAUAAGGUUACAUUUGAAUAGAUGGAAAACAUGAUCAUUUCUUGACCGGAAAUUGCUUUUUCCACCCACCGUCAUUUUCAUCGUUCAUUUCGAAUUCCUAAAAGUGAGCGAUUUCAAACGAAAUCGACCGGAGGCCUAGCGGAUACGUUUCGUCGGACAAAGUGUCGAUUUUGGUUUGAUUUACGUCUCUGCGCUGUCAUCAUUGCAUUCGCUGCUGAUAGAUUUCGUCAGCCGACGACGGAAAAACAUCAAAAUUGUCGCCCCACGGCAUCCCGACGGUGCGGGUCGGUGGAGGAGGAGUGCCUCAUCGCAGCAGGGACCAACGGCUCCAAGGGAUACAACUGCAGCAGUACAAACCCGUGGACCACACAGCCUCUCGUUGCACAACGACACUGGCUGGGACAGAGGGAGAUGAAAUGAGGCUGCUACACGGCGUUAGUUUCAUCAUAUUCGCUGCCGUUUCAGGAUUUCUUUUCUUCUCUUUCUCUGCAGUAUGCGCCGGGAAUCCUGAUGCAAAGCGACUCUACGAUGACCUUCUCAGCAACUACAACAAACUGGUUCGGCCUGUUGUGAACGUUACAGACGCACUGACCGUGAAGAUUAAACUCAAGCUGUCGCAGCUAAUUGAUGUGAAUCUGAAAAAUCAAAUUAUGACCACCAACCUCUGGGUGGAGCAAACGUGGUACGACUACAAACUGAAGUGGGAGCCGAAAGAGUAUGGUGGCGUUGAGAUGCUGCACGUUCCUUCCGAUCACAUUUGGCGGCCGGAUAUUGUCCUGUACAACAACGCGGACGGUAACUUCGAGGUGACACUGGCGACGAAGGCCACCCUCAACUAUACCGGCCGGGUCGAGUGGCGACCGCCAGCGAUUUACAAAAGUUCCUGUGAGAUCGACGUGGAAUACUUUCCCUUCGACGAGCAAACGUGUGUGAUGAAGUUCGGCAGCUGGACGUACGAUGGCUUUCAGGUUGAUCUUCGUCACAUUGAUGAAGUUAACGACACCAACGUCGUGGAAGUCGGUGUUGAUUUAUCGGAGUUCUAUACAUCAGUCGAGUGGGACAUUUUAGAAGUUCCUGCGGUCAGAAAUGAAAAAUUCUACACAUGUUGUGAUGAACCAUAUCUCGAUAUCACCUUCAACAUAACAAUGCGCCGUAAAACACUGUUUUAUACUGUAAAUUUAAUUAUCCCCUGUAUGGGGAUCAGUUUCCUUACGAUACUGGUGUUCUACCUACCGUCAGAUAGUGGCGAAAAGGUAUCGUUAAGCAUAUCCAUCCUGCUCUCGCUGACUGUGUUCUUCUUGCUGCUGGCGGAAAUCAUUCCACCGACAUCGCUGGUGGUGCCCCUACUGGGGAAGUUCGUGCUCUUCACGAUGAUCCUCGACACGUUCAGUAUAUGCGUGACCGUGAUUGUGCUCAAUAUACACUUCCGAUCGCCCCAAACGCACACGAUGGCACCCUGGGUUCGUACGAUCUUCAUCAACCACCUCCCAAAGCUGCUCGUAAUGCGCCGUCCAAUCUACCAGCCGCUGCACCAUUUUAGUGCCGCCUCGCAAAGAUUUAUGUUGCGAUCGUGCAAUGGAAUGGGUGACAACAUCCCACCGCUGCCACCGACAAUUGCGUUCGAUCCCUCGGUGCUGCUCGAUCAUCAUUUGCUCGACUCGAGCGACAGCAUAAACACUUGUCGGCUGCACGGUAGCCCGACGCAUCAUCAUCACGGUGCCAGUCAUCAUCACCAUUAUCAUCACGGCAUGCGUGGGAUCGACCUGAUGGAUGAUUUAACAUUACCCUAUCAAGAUCACAACCAUCACAACUCCCCGAUGUCACCGAUUAAUGUAAACCUUUUGUCGUCGGUCAGUACAGCAGUGCCAAAUCCACACCAGACGACAACCGGUGGCCUGUCGAGUGCUGGUGCGGCCCUACUCGAUCCCCACAGCACCUUCCAAACGAACCUGGCGGGAGGGGUUAGCGUUGGGAAGCCGAGCAAAACUAGCACAAAUGUGAUAAUUAACACUGCAACUAACACUACUACUAGGAGUAAUCUAAGCUGUUGUAAUAGUCUUUUCCUCAACGAUGGACGAACUGGUUUAGAUAGUACCGUUCAAUUAACGAACAAUAACAGCGUGGGUGGCAUAGUUGAUUCGUCGACGGCCGUGCCAAGCGUGCCGAUUAUCAACACCACGGACAGUGGCCUCGGCGGAAGCGGCGGUGGCGCCGACUGCAAGGAUAAGUCAGUGCGGAAUCGAUGGCUCACGUGCCCGGAGCUCCACAAAGCGAUGGACGGUGUCACGUACAUUGCCGAUCAUACGCGAAAGGAGGAGGAAAGCACGAGGGUGAAGGAAGACUGGAAGUAUGUGGCCAUGGUGCUGGAUCGGUUGUUCCUAUGGAUAUUCACUAUAGCGGUCGUGUUCGGAACGGCCGGAAUCAUCCUACAAGCGCCCACGCUCUACGACACCCGAGUGCCGAUCGAUAUUAAAAUGUCGGAGAUUGCGACAACGACUGCGAAACCGUACAUUGCCAAACCUGUGUUAUAAUCAAAUACACCACUCGGCGCCAUCCCUCGGAGCCGGCGGCGGCGACCACACCGUCAUUAGUAACGAGCCGGAAGCAAUGAGGGAAACCACGUCGACUUAGCCCCCUCUCCCCGUGUGCUGGUUCUGGUUCCGGGGCGGCACAACUCAAUCUCCCGGCGGAAUACAUCUAUAUCAAAGUGAGCGGAGGGAAAUUGAAGAUGAACAGUACCAGUGAAAAUGAGCUGCCACGUGGGUAGUGAGUGGAAGAGAGAAAGAAAAAAAGUUUAUAAAGUUUUGUUUAAUUCCUCCCAAGUGGUUCAUUGCUGAUGGGAGAGUUUAGAAACGGAGUCAUGUUUGCAUUGUUUAUUGAGAGAAACGAACUGUUUGAAUUUUAUUGCCCGUUUCAAACCACUCGCCGUGGAGAUUCUCAACAAACUAAUUGAAAUCGUUUAGGACAAUUUUUCGGUUCGCGAGUUUUUAAAACUGAGAGAACUGUAGGGAGAAUUUAUAGUGUAGUUCUUAGGUCAUCGUUAAGAGAAAAUGUUGCUGUCGUUUCGCGUUUGCAAGUGGAAGAAAUAUAAACACAAUUGAGAUGUGAUGGGAAAGAACUUUUCCGUUCGAACCGUUCUGCGCUUUGUUGAGCAAUGGUAAAAACUUUUCCCACGUUGGAAAGCAGUCGAGGCUCCUUUUUCGAGAGGGCAAAUACUUCCGGAAAAAUAAAUCACAUCAUUUAGAAUUUGUAAUGAUUUGUUUUUGCAUUUGGUUUUAAUAUUAUGUGUAUUGCAAGCCAUAAAUCUAUUUAAAAAAUCUCGAGAUGCUGAGCUAGGAGUAAGUUUCAUUGUAACCAUUUGCGAUAUUGGAGGAGUUCCAUUUGAAAAGAGUCACCACUUUUGAAUGUGUUUUUAAAAUCAGCUACAUUUGAUAUUCUGCUUUUCCGGGUUUCCCAGUUCAGUCAACUUACAAUACGUGACGCAUCCGAUUCGGUGCCGUCAUCAUUUAAACAAAUCAGCUUAUCCCGACAACAAAUGCUUAUAUAUUUUUGGUGUAUUCGAAAAUUUCCCGAAUUUUGCUGAGUUGAUUUAGUUUUUUUUUCUCAUAACAUAAAUAAAUGGAAGUAUUCUUCGUUUGUCUGAUUUUUUUUAUGCUCAACCUUUAUGUACACUAAAUUCAAAUGGUACUAAGUUUAGAUUGAAGUUCAGUUAUUGAACAUUGUGUCAAUUAUUUUUGACGUAGGACUACGUCCAACAGGAAUAUUUACCCUUCAUAUAUGAAAUUCUAAACACUGAAUAUGUAGGAAAAAAUGAAAGAUUUCGAAUGCUUAUAACUUGAGAAUUCCUUAUAGCUCGUAAAGAUGUUUGCAUCAAAUGAUAGGAAAUAUUUGCCCCACAGGUGAAAUCCCAUCCAGAUCUGGAGCAUACAAGAAUUGAGGUUUUUGAAUCACAUUAACUACAUACUGCUCAGAUAUACCAAACAUUUCGCUAAAUACAUUACGAGGAGCAUCCUCGACAGCUAAUCUAAUAUGUUCAAGCUAAGCUGUGUAACCGUUGAAAGCGCGCUUGAACUGUCGAGUAAAAAGUUUGCAUUUUCCACUGAUCGUCUCAGUAAGCUCGUCAAGAUGCAAUUAUGUCGGAAGACCGUUUUCAUUUCGCAUCGAGUUGACAAACGACCAGAACUGUUUUGGAUUCACGGGCAUACAAAACCCAUUUUAUCUCCUGUACUCAUUACCAGCCCGAUUGAACCGCAGCUUCGAGUGCUGAGAUCGUUGACUUCAGUAGGAACGUAUGGCAGCAGAUGGACGACGUUUCAGCAAGCGUAGUCGGUUCUUUGACCAUGGCGGUUUACAUGGAGGAGGCUACAAAGAAAUUUGUGCAGUAAUCGCCUGAAGUACAGCGUUGGAGAGGAACCCAACGGCUUCAUCGGUAUAUUGAAUCGUGUCCAGAGUAUACCAGUCGACGACCAGCAGUGCUGCACACAAAUUCUCAAAGUUGGCCCGUUUGAACUCGUACCCACGAUCAUUAUGUUCUGUUUCGUAUGUUACAGCCGUUGGACAUGCGACGACUAGUUCGAACGGAGGAUGACGAUCCUAGAGAGUGCUUCAUGAAUUCACUAAUCAGGUAACCAAGUAGCACGAUGUCGUUUAUGAAAACAAGAUCAAGAGUCCGGUUCUCUGCAUUCGACCCAUAAACUUUUUUAGCUCUAUCCUGACUCCCUCUAAAGCUAAUCGAUGCGUUUCACUCAAUUUAUUGACUACCUAAGUGAGUGCCGUAAAUGCAUCGUGAACGAGUAUAGAGAGCAUUAUUCCAUCUUCUUUUCCUUUGUUUACUGAGACUUUAAAUCUUAUGAUUCAUUCGUCUCCGAAUCAUUAUUCCAGCGCAACCAGAAUAGAUGCUCAUUUAUAAAAUCCAUAUUCGGGCGAGAUAAGAAAUGGACCGAGCAAAAGAAGAAACCAGAUUAACAGCGGCAUACGGUUUCCCCAACACAGACUUCAAAAUCGAUGUACCUGUGGAAAUCCGCUGUGCAAAUAACAUGCAAGUUGGGGGUAUUUUGUUCCCACCGAGCUGUGUUUCCCUAACACGGACUUCUAAAUUAAUGUACCUUGGGGAUUCCGCUUUUCAAAUACAUGCAAGUUAGGGCUAUUUUGUUCCCACUGAGCUGUGUCCAGUGGGAACAAAAUUCCCUAACACGGACUUCAAAAUUAAUGUGCCUGGGGGAAUCCACUUUUCAAAUACAUGCAAGUCGGGGGUAUUUUUUGGUGUUGAGUACUUUUGUACGCGCUUGUCGCUGUCAGACCGGAAAAUGUUUCCCUAAAACGUACUUUUAAACUGAGAAGCAUGGGAAAAUCGUCAUUUUCGCGGUUCGAGAACUACGUAAACAUGAGAUGUGCAAUAAUUUCAGAGGGAAAUGUAAAAUACAAUGGGCCUGAUUCUCGAAUACACUUCACGGGGGAAACGAAAUGAAGUGUAUCCGCGAUGACAACGGUACGGUAUCGACAUCUGGAUACGAAAUUAGUUUCUCCUUAAAACUAUCAUUAUAAUAUAAAAUUAACUUCAGAUAAAAUUUCGGUAUAAGAUUAUUUUACAAACAAAGUAUCCAUUCCCAUUGAACACUAAUUUGAUAUCGAGAAGUUAAUUUUCAUUGAUAAUUUUUGUUUGAAAAGUGCUCAUUCUGCUUGAGAAUCCAUUCUUAUCCUUUACUAACUCGUAAAAUGUAGUUCAAUGGCGUGCCGUUAAUUUUGUUUACACCGUGAAGUGUAUUCGAGAAUCAGGCUCAAUGAUCGUAUGACAAUUCUUCCGUUCACAUAUUUUGGUAGUCCUAGGCAUCAUAUCAAACGUAAAAGGACGUUCAUCAAAUUUAUUUGUAACGAGGAACAUAAAUAAUCUAUUACAAAAAUGUCGAUGCAUUCUUAAAUAAUAUUCGAAGUGGUAAACAAGUGGAUUACAUAAUAUAAUUGCGUAGCUCUACGUCGAAAAUAUGCAGUCGUGUCCUAGAUACAACCCCUUACAAUUUUUAUGCAUAAAAUUUUUGAAAUGCAUUUUCUUCAUUUUGUUUGGAUUGCAAUUUAUGUUUUGAAAUGACACCAGAAUAUUUUUUUUAACCUUUACUAUUCUAAUUAUACAUUUUUUAUGUUUUGUUUUCUAUUUUUGUUCUGUAUUCUACUUUCUUCGGUACUGGAAUACCAUUGUUAUAUUUUCAAUUUGAUAACCUACACUAACCUAAAUUUGUAAAUUUGAAUAUUUUAAUUUGAUGGGUAUUCCGAGAGUGUGACACUCGCAACAAGAUUUGACACCGAAGCACCAAUGCGCUCUUGAAUUGUUUGCGAUGCAGUUCGGCUAACCUCGUGUAAAACGGGACAUCUAAGAUCCUUGGUAGACAAUUUGGGAUCACUUUGGGUUUGUGAGUCGCAGCACACUCUCCCCACAUGACUACUGGCACGACGAUCAAUUUGAAGAUAGCCAGUUUAUUCCGCUGAGAUUUUUUUAUCCUUUUUGUUUAUUUUAGGCUCAUUAACAUUUUAGUUGUAACAGAGCCGAAUUUCAAUCGUGUACAUGACACAUGUUCAUCAUAUGUAUAAUUAGCACAUUAUACAGUUGCCAUUUUUCGGCGUUAGAGUAUUCCCUUCUAUACCAUUGCAUAUGGUACACAUUUACACAGUAACCAUUUAGGCGUAAGAGUUUUCCUUCUGUUCUUCCAUUAUCCAGUUAGACCGGACAGCGGCGACAGUUGAUUGAUCAUUGUUGAGUUAUUUAUAGAACCAGCAGCCCAAUGUGUCUUGCAGAGCAGAGCAGUUGUAGGAUGAAUCGAUGGUGGUUGAAAUAAGCAUGGAUCGAUCUCCAUCGCUGAUGAUUGUUGCGAGGACGUAGUUAUUCUGUAACAACACAAAGAGGGUCAGUGAGGACCCUGAGUUUUGAACUCACGAUCGAUCGCUUACUAAGCGAACGCGCAACCAAUGUGGCUACGGAGACCCCCAUGUUCCGCUGAGAAAAUCGGGAUCGUCGGCAUAUCAACAAAUACAGCGAUUUCAACAAUGCAAUGCAUCUCACUUUAAGGCUUUUGUAUUGGUUCAUUUUUAUCUCCCAACUAGUCAGGUACGAGUACGUAAAAGGAAACGCCUCACUAUGGCUUCAACCGGUAGUUCUUAGGAGGCGGUCGUUGGCAUUGAUAACGCUGUCAUCCGCAUAAAGCAACAGACUGCAGCCGGCAGGGCCCAGGAGACUGGCUUGUGGUACACCAAUUACUCUUAGCUCCGAGGAGGCGCCAGCAAGAUGUACUCGAACGAAACGGUUAGAUAAAUAAAGUCUUACCAUCCGAAUGAGAUAGCCUGGGAAGUCAGCACCAGUUUGUGAACAAACCCGUCGUGCCAGACGUUGUCCAUGGGUGUUUUGUCUGAAAGAGAUUUGUUUCGCUGUAUAACAUUACCCACGCAAACCUCUUGAUGCACGGUUAAGUAGCCUUUCCGGGAGCGAAAUUGUUCCGAUGCAAUAAUACUGUUUUUCCCGAUGUGUGGCAACAGACGCUGGAUGAUUAGUCGCUGUUAGCUGACUAACGAUAUUAUCGUAAUGGACCUGUAGUUCGAAUGAUCAGUUGGAUCUUUUCCUGGUUUUUUGAUGGGAAUCAUUUUUCCCGUCUUCCAUCUGAUUGGGAAGUGAUCGAAGCAUCUAGUUAAACAGUGACCAGAAAACGGUAUGCUACGGUACUUCUAUAAGACCACCCAGUAAGAAUUUCAACAAGAUACAUUCAUACAUUGUUGAAUGCUUAGAAUAAAGUAUAUUUAACGUUAAUUCCGUUCAAAAGAGUUGUUUGUUUAUUUAUUGUGCUUCAAUAUGAUAAUUUAAGUUGUCCAGUCUCUAUAAGACCAUUUCAAAAUUCAUAUGUAUUAUCAAUGAAAAAUUAAAAACCAUCGGCUGAUUUACAUGUCAAUAAUUAUCAACCUUGCCAUUUCGGCUAAUAACCUGGAAAAUUCGUGUUAGAAUACUAUUUAUCAAAUUCUGCUGAACGGAUUGCAUUAGCGAAUUUGAGGUAUCCGAAAUUGUUCUAGCUAUUUCCCGUUUCUCCCGGUCAGAGAGCUUCGAUUUACGUGGAGCUCUCUCCUUCUUACAGGAUUCUUGAGGAUUCGCCAAAUAAUUGAGUACUACUUGACGGGAUCGUUCAAUCCGACGAGCAAUUUCUCUGAUACCAACAUUCUCAUGGAGAAAUGCAUCGAUUUGUCUUUCUUCAUUCUCCGUGAGCACUUUCCCCUUCGAAAUUUACCAGAUGUAUUGAUAAAAAUAACUAAAACAAAGGAAAAUGUAACUGGUCUUAUAGAAACUUGACACUUGAAAAAUACAAAAAGAUUCGUUUACGCUCAGCGCUUGCACACACACAUAUGAAAAUCAUGCAGUGGAUGGUAGUCACCAAUACCUACACACUAUUUCAUCUACUCUUCGUCGAUUUCAUCUACUUGACUGUGUCGAACCGUUGCAUCGUGGGAGCUCACUGCGUCAGCACCGAGGUUGUGCGCCUCAACAAAUUUUUCCGCGAGUGCGUCCGCUUUCUCCGAUGGGGAUACCAGGAUGGCUUCGGGAUAUUCUUUCAACAGCGGAAUAGCUGUAGAGUGACUGGGGGCAAUUUGGAUCCCCUAAGCAAAUCGCCUAUUUGCGAACCAAUACGGUCUAAAUAAAAAAAGUCCCAUUGAACACUGAUCUACACUUGUUUUCUCUCAAUCAAUAACGUUUGAUCACUAUAUCAAACUUAAACUACCAAAUAUAAAAUAGAAAAAGAUGAUUUUUGGACAUUAAAAUUUGAUGUAGGGUGAUUUGGUCAUGUAUGUGUUUCAUCGAGAAAAAAUUGCAAGGGGUUGUAUCUAGGACACAACCGCAUAUUUUCGACGUGGAACUACGCAAUUAUAUUAUGUAAUCCACUUGUUUACCACUCCGAAUAUUAUUUUAGAAUGCAUCGAAAUUUUUGUGAUAGAUUAUGUAGAUUUGAUGAACGUCCUUUUACGUUUGAUAUGAUACCUAGGACUAACAAAAUAUGUGAACGGAAGAAUUAUCAAACGAUCAUUGUAUUUUAAAUUUCCCUCAUACUUUCACAUACUUCCUGAAAGACGUAGUUCUACGUCAAAAACAUACUUAUGUUUAUGUAAGGUAAUUCAGAAUAAUAUUUCAAUCAGUAACAGUGUUCUGGGAUCGAUACCAGGUGUCUUGACCCGAAGCCAGACCAGAAAAAUUGCAUUGAGACCAUUUCGAAUUCUGCAUGAAUCUUUUCACUGUAGUUCGAGCAUUUUCAAACACUUUUGAUGGUUUGUACAAAGAAAAUCCGUUCUUGAUGGCCUGUGUUUCUCUUAUAAGCUCCUCCUUUUUCCAACGUCGUCUGUUUAUCUAUUUUUUUUUCAACCGUGGAAUCUGGAAUCAAUAGACCAUAGAAAAGUCCCAAACCUGUAUGACAUUAAAGAGGCAUCAAUUUGCUCAAAGUGCUGUUUCCUGGUUUUUCUAACUUUCCUUGGAAACUGGCCAUGUCCACCGCUCCCACCACACCCUAAAUGGUUCUUCUGAACCAGUGUCCCUAUCUUGGCAAGCGUGACGCUGGGGAUCACAUAACCUCUUCUCGUAGAACUUCCGAGUUUCAUCGACACAGAACAACGCUUCCAGCUGCUCAUGAGCACGAUCCUCCUGUUGGCGCUUCUUUCGUCUCAGAAUCGUGAACAUGUCGUUCCGAGUCCGUCUGUGUUUGGUCAUAUUCUCUCUCGUCCGGGUCCUGAGGUAGUUCGUCCAGGUACGAUUUUUCUCGCCACCACGGCCUUGCAAUCCACAUCAUACCAGGCGUUUCUUCCGAAUUCUUCACCAACCACCUUCAAGAGAUGUUGCGCCUAACUCCUCUGCCGCGGGAAGUGCUUACUUUAUUUUAUUUUUCACCAUCUUUGAUCAGAGACCACACAGACUAUUUAGAAAUCUUCAAUCCUAUCUUUAAAAACUAGUCUACUUAUGUUAAAAUCAAAAAUAUCGUGCACAUCGUUAAAAAGCCUACAACAUCUAUCUAGCGGAUUGUUACAUCCGUAUGUAGUGCGGUGGCCGUGAAUUCUGAGAAAGGAAGUGUUUCGAAGUUGGCGGUUCGGAACGUGGAUAUUUAUGUUUUGAAGUACGCUAUCGCAGACGAUGUUGUUACUGAGUACGUCGUAGAUGAACAGUCUCUGCAGGAAAAUACGCCGGCUCGACAGAAUUUGAAGUCCGAUGAGCGCGCAUCGAUGUUCGUAAGGCGGUAGAUUGUCGAGAUUUGUCCAUGCGAGCAGCCGGAACGCAUUUCUUAAACUGCGAACCAGAGAACAGUACAGUCACUUCAUGGCAUGUCGUCAAAUUGCGUUCUAUUUCUUCUUAGGAAGCCAAGCAUAGAGUUUGCUUUAGUGACUGCCAUCGAUAUGUGCUCGUUGAAUCUCAAUUUUCUGUUUAAAAGUAGACCAAGGUCCUUAGUAGAGCUUACUCUCACAAGCGGUGAUUCAUUCAUCGAAUACUCAAACGUGACCGGUGUUGGAUUUCGGCUGAAGGUGGUAUUUUCUCAUUUGGCUGGGUUUGCCAACAUUCCGUUCAUUUUACACCACGAUGACAGGCGUUCAAUAUCAGCUUGCAGAGCAAGGCAAUCAACCAUCGUCUUGAUAAUGCGGUAGAGUUUUAAAUGCUCUGCAUACAAGAGCUUGCAGCAGCUUUGGUGAUCGCAUAUAUCGUUUAUAAAAAGAAUAAAGAUGAGAGAUCCAAGGUGACCCUGAGGAACCCCGGACGGUAGGUGAAACGCAUUGGAUGUAGCAUCGUAAACCUUCACGAAAGCUUCCCUGGAUGAAAAGUACAAUUGUAUCCAGCGAACAAUCCACGAAGGAACACCGAGGCGGCUUAGUUUUGUGAUAGCAAGAACAAACGGAAUUUUGUCAAACGUCCUGGAGAAGUCGAUAUACACGGCAUCAACUUGUCGACGCUUGCAACCAGAGUGUUAGUGGAGGUCAUCAGAUUGGUAAUGGUGGAGCAUUUCAUCAUAAACCCGUGCUGAAAUUCCGAGAUUAACGAUCGCACAGCCGUGUACAGCUUAUCGUGCAGUAGUCUUUCUAAGACUUUCGCCAAACAGUCCAGUAUAGAUAUUGGACGGUAGUUUUCCACGCUGUGAAUGUUUCCAGAUUUGAAGAUCGGGGUUAUGGAUACUAGCUUCCAUGACUCAGGAAAUACGCCGUCUAGAAGUGGUCGAUUGAAGAUAGACUCCACGGGGGUGGCCAAUGAUGCAGCACAAUUCCUAGUGAAGGAAAGUGCAAUUCAAUCUGGACCAGGACCUUUCGAGGCGUCAACAGAACAAAGGGCUUUGAGAAUAUUGUCGUGUCUGAAAGUGACUUGCUGCAGACGAAUAUCGUAACUAGGCAAGUUAUCGUUGUAUUGCUGCGAAGUUGGAGCCUGAUCCACUUCGUAAACGGUUCGGUAGAAUUCUGCGAAGAGGUUUGCAGAGGUUUGCUGAGGUAGCAGCACCAGAGAAGUUUUGACUACAGUAUGAAAGGUCCACUGGAAUAUGAGAUGAGCCUUUCCAAGAUUUUACAAAAUUCCAGAAAGAUGAUGGAUUUUUCUUGAAAAUGUCAAUAUACUGUCGAAAGCGAAUUUCGUGUAACCCACCAUACUCGGCUACGGCAAACUUUACAUCAGACUUAUUUGCAGCUGUAUUGGAGCGGAAAUAACUUUUUCGAGCAUUCCGCAUACGGUCACGCAGAUUACGAAGUUCGUAAUUCCACCACGGCUGGUUGAAAUUUAGGGAAGGCUAACAUCUCUUUGUCGUAGAAGGCCGAGACGGCUGUAUCAAAAUCAGAGAGGUCAAGAAGCUCUGUCCAAUCGCGUUGAUAGCGUUAAAAUCACACCGUGCAAAGUCAUACUCACUGCGGGCUGCUGGAUCACCGGGUAGGCGAAUCUAGCGAAAGGAUGUCAAGUUUCAAAAGUAACGGCUUGUGAUGAUGGUCGGUUUUUAAAAUAGCGGAUGGUGGUUCAAACAGCUCAAUGCCGUCAGAAUCGCUAACGAGUACAAUUCGUAUUCGUAUUUGUAUUCGCAAUGUCGGUAUGGAGCCACGUUUCGGUGAAAAUUACAAGUCGAAAUUACAGAAGAGCAACGAGUGAAGCAAAGCGUUCGUUUUAGUCCGUAAACCACGAACGUUUUGAUAGUAUACGGUCAAGUAAUCACGUGUACUGAUUGAAGGUGACAAGGGUGGCUUUUUGAAUGUCCUUGCGGGGAAAGAAGGUACUUGGGACUACCAGUUCUCGCGAAGCUGCAAAGCUCACGCAUCGUUGGCCGUUGUUGUUCGUCUCGGUGUGCAGACUGUCAUAUCCGAUCACCGGUUCGUACAUUUCUUUGGAAGUAUUUUUCGUUUGUCUGAUUUAUUUUAUACUCAACCCUCUAUGUACACAGAAUUCAAGUAAUACUAAGUUUGGAUUUUAAUUCAGCUAUGAAAUAUUAUUUCAUUUACAUCUAUUCUAGAUAGAAUUUUCAUUUAAGUACCUAAAAAUAGUACAAUUGCAUUGGAAUUGAUAUUAACAAAUAUUUUUGUCAGAAAACAAAGUCCUUUGAGUUACAAAAGAACCUUGCCGUAACGUAUCGUAUCGAGCUUUUGAAUAGUUCUAUCAAUACGUUCACUGUGAGAGCUACAUAAUGCAAUUUCUCCCAUUUGCAAACGUUCCCAAACGAUCCCCUAACACGAAUUUAAGAGACUUAAAUGUUGUAAAACGCACACAUACACACAAAAUUCGCAGAAAUAUUCUGCGUGCUCAAUGAAAGUUAAACGUGUUAGGCCAUCUUCUCCGCAACGGAGAAAAUCGGGCCAGAGAAAAAUGUUUGACAGACAAAAUAGUAGACCUAAAACAAAUUGCAUUUGUAUAUGCUCAAAAACACUACAGUGAGCUGCCACAUUACCACUCUCACUAGCCGACGAACGGAACAUAUACAUAUAUAAGCUCGAAUGUUGCAAAGCAAAAUAACCCAACGCGUGUUCCGUAUGAAGCCACGAAUCGCGUUUUAGGUGAAACUUACGAAUCAAAUCUAGCUUACAAAAUGAAUCUAUAUCUAUUACCUUAAUCUUUCACUCUCAACUCUAUUUUUUUCUCCAUCAUUUCGCGAAUCGCAACGAACCGGUUCAUCAUAACUAGGUAUUCCGACAGUAGAGGACAAUUAUCGACAUCCGAUUACUUCUUAACAACUCACGAAACCACACACAAAAAGAUGUAUCCCUUUCUUACAUACCUUCAUCUAGCUACACCAAGAUAAAAGAGCACACGAUCAUUCUAGUACGCAAAAUAAUAAUAACUACAUCAAAUAAGAGACAAAAAGCAAAUAUUCGCAUGAUUUUUAUAGUCAGAAACGAACAAAAGAGAUCUAUAGAAAACUAAGGACAAAAAUUGAAAUAAAAGGUUAACUUAAAACGGAAACAAACAAAAAUACUAUCUAAAUAAUUUAUUUUUGAAACAGAUCAACUGGAAGAAGAACAAAAACAAAAAAAAAACACAAAUGGGAAGAAAAUACGUUUAUAUACAUAGCUACAACAAUUUAAAAAAAAUGUAAAAAAAAAAGAUUAGCAGAUAUCGAUUUAGGCAGAGAAAUACUCACAAAAUAACUCGACACAAAACAACUUAAAACAAAACAAAAAAAGAGAAUAAAAUCCGUAUUACCAUUUAAGAUAGAAGAGAUUUGUUUUAAGAGAAUUUUUUGUACAAUUUUACUCGAGCACGUGAGCCGACGAUUUUGAGAAACUUAAAGCGUUUAAUACUAAGUAGAAGUCGCUGAAGGUGGCAUCACGAAGCCCCCAGAGAUCAGAAGAAAGAGAGCAAAAUAAGAACAGCAAAAAAACGUGGCCCGUUAGUUUUUAUUACUUUUAUUGUCGCUAUCAUCGUGUUACGUCCAUCGAAUCGCGCCCAGCUCUUUGUCUCUCUCACCCUGCAGCGCGCCCAGCGAUGAUUGCAGAAUAAUGGCCAACCGAAAAAUCUUACUUUUGGGCCCCAAAGAUGUUAAAUGGAGAAUAGACAAGUACUAAUGGGAAAGAGCGCCAGGAAGAGCACUCUCGGCCUGGACAGUGAUGAUGAUUGAUGACUCAAAAUGACUAUUAUUAUACCUUUUCAUACUGUAUCUCAAACUGUGGUCCUGUCCGGUCCGUAGAGUGCGGGGUGAAUAUUGAGGGGGAUGGUGUGUCCCAAUGGCAUUACAAAACCGGUGCGGUGUGAAUGUGAACGAAAUGGAACAAAAAUAUUACCAGGCCGAAACAGGCGAAGAUAUUGUUGGAGCAUCCACAAACAAACAAACACAAAAAAAAAACAUUGUAUGCGAGAGGAAAUCAAUAAGUGAUUUUACUGUAAAUGAGAAUCGAAAGAAAAAGUUACACAAAAAACGGAAAAAUAUAUGAAACUGU